CCGCGUGUGCACAGCGUCCGUCCUUCUCCGCCCGGAGGCAACCGGCCAGACCCGCGGACCCACAGCCGCAGGCCGCCGGGGGCCGGGGGAUGCCGGGCUGCCGCAUCAGCGCCUGCGGCCCGGGGGCCCAAGAAGGGACGGCCGAGCCGGGGUCCCCGCCGCCGCCCCGAGAGCCCCUGCCGUCCCCUCAGCCCCCGCCCCCAACUCCGACCUUGACCCCAGCCCAAGCCCCAUCGGAAGCGGUCCCAGAGCCGGCAGGCGCGGUCGAGGGGCUGGAGCUGCAGCGCUGGCGCCAGGGCGCUGGCGGGGGCGCUAGGGGUCCCGGGCCGGCAGCGGUCCCGGGCAGCGGCGCAGCGGGGGCGGGGGGGCGCGCGCUGGAGCUGGCUGAGGCGCGGCGGCGGCUGUUGGAGGUGGAGGGCCGCCGGCGCCUGGUGUCGGAGCUGGAGAGUCGCGUGCUGCAGCUGCACCGCGUCUUCUUGGCCGCCGAGCUGCGCCUGGCGCACCGCGCGGAGAGCCUGGGUCGCCUGAGCGGCGGCGUGGCGCAAGCCGAGCUCUACCUGGCGGCGCACGGGCCGCGCCUCAAGAAGGGCCCACGCCGUGGCCGCCGCGCCCGCCCGCCCGCGCUGCUCGCCUCGGCGCUCGGCCUGGGCGGCUGCGUGCCAUGGGGCGCCGGGCGCCUACGGCGAGGCCACGGCCCCGAGCCCGACUCGCCCUUCCGCCGCAGCCCGCCCCGGGGCCCCGCCUCCCCCCAGCGCUGACCUCGGCGCCCGGACCCCCCGGCCACGCCAGAUCGGCUGUCGCUGAGAUACCCACCGAAGGAUUGUGGACUGCCGGCUGGAGGGACGGUGUCACCGACGGGGAUGGACAGGCAGACUGACCGCAGGAAGAGACAGUCGGGGGGCCAGGGGCCCAGUAAUGGACUCUGAGCUCCUCCCAGCUCCUCUGAGCCUCUAUUCUGUGGAUCUGGAUUCCUGGAUUCUGCUCUUCCCUGGGCACCUCCUUCAGGAAGACGUCUUGAAUUGACCCUGCGCAACUUCAGC